GCCCUGGGGUGCCCGCUCUCAGGAGAGCACUUCCCACAGGAGGCUGCAUCUCCCCUGGGGCCCCUGGCAGCUCUGCAGCAGAGUGUCAAAGACAGACAUGGAGAGCCGUGCAAAGAAUGCCAGCUCCCAGACGCACAGGCCUCUGCUGAGCCUGGACUGGAUGCGCCAGGGAACCACAAUUCGCAGCCUUGGGCAGCCAUUGCCAACAGGCCUGGAGGGGUUGGAAGCCAUUUCGAGCAAGCAGAAGGUGCUGCAGUGGCUUGAAGUCCAUGUUCCCAGUGAUCCAGAGACCUUGGCCAAGGAAGAUGAGGACUGUGAAAACAAGAUUGACAAGGAGCAGUCCCAUGAGAUAUUGGAAGAGGACAUCACAUCUCCAGUGCCCUCAGACAUGUGGGAAGACGGCAGCCAUAGCCAUGAGUCCCGAGACAUGUCAGAAGUGUACAGUGACCAAGAGCUGUUUCAACGGGAAGAGGAUGAGAGCACAGCAGCAAAAGGAGAGGCUAUCAGCAAAGUGCAGAGCACAUCUCCUGCCCUGGCUGGUUCCAUGGACACCAAGGAUGAGCCCUCCAUGUUCCCAACUCGAGCAUCACAGCAGCAAGGGGAGGCCGGUCGUGCCACACCCACAAGCACUGGCCAUGCACCAUCUGCUUCUUCCUGGAAAGUGCCCUUAGUGCCAGGAGUGCAGGCAGGAGCUUGCCUGUUGCCCUCACAGUCCCCUGGGGACAGAUCUUCCCUCACAGCCAGUCACGCCACGGUGCAACAGCAGCGACAGUCCCUGUUCAGGAGGGCACUCAGGGCUGUGUGCAGGGCUUUCCUUGGCACCCACCGCCCACGGGAGCAGGAGCAGCAGUGCCCUGCUCCCAGUGCCAGGCAGGUACCUGGAGAUGGCUGCUCUGAGCCUCAGCAGUGUCCUCUGAGAGAGUGACACGAGGAAACACAGCAGGGAUGGAUGCAGGACCAGUGCCUCAGGCAUCUGGCUGUCUUCAGGCCAUCCUGCUGCCAGAUUGUUCUUGGCCAUGUCUUCGUGAGACCAGUCUGUGAUUCCCCUUGAGACAUUAUGAUUAGAUCUAGUUCAUUUUUAUCACACACAUUUUGCAAAAAGACCGUGUUUUAUAUGUACUUGUAUAUAAUAUGUUAUAAUUUUUCUUCAA